AUGGCAAUGGUUGCAGAAAAGAAAGAGAGGAAUGUCUACCCACACGCAUGCAUCAAACCUAGAAGUGUAGGACUAGCAGCUAGACUCGGUUCUCUUCAGAGCAUGUGUGAGACACUUCCUAAUCUACCUAAUCACAUGCUUCGUAACAGAAUAAUACUACGUGGGUUGAGAGUAACGGAUUAA